CUAGUUUAUGUGGCUUGAAACACUGCCUGCACAUUGUGUUUAUUAAGCCUCUUAGGGACCUGGCGCUCAGCAGAUGCAUCGGCUGUCAGUCAAGAGUAGAGAUUGACUUCUAGUAAUGCCAGCUACUCGCACAGCAUGUGUUCGGUAUCACCUGAAGAGAUCAUCGCAAAUAGGAUAAGGAACAGGAGCAAUCGCUGUGUAAGGCCAACAGCUUACCACAGAGAUGAGCAUCGUGAAGACAGAGCGGCGUAAAAAGUGUUAAGAAACGGUGCCAUCUCUGUUAAGCGUGGCUGGACAUGAAAAUGCCGUCGCUUCACAGCAAAGAGGACGAUAAGGCAUCGCUAAUUGUGCCUCCGGUACCCCCGAGGCGAAAUUUUUGUAAGGAAUUGCAAAUCCCAAGGCGUAUGUCAUUAUUUCAACCUGAAAAGAAGGUGACGUGUGUGCUAGUAGGCGACGGUGCAGUGGGCAAGACAAGUCUUAUAGUGAGUUAUACCACAAAUGGUUUUCCAACAGAGUACAUCCCGACAACUUUGGACAACUUUGCAGCACUGGUUGUGGUCGACGGAAAGCCUGUCAGACUCCAGCUCUGUGAUGUUUCUGGCGAGAGAUGGCUUACACCCAGCGGAGAGCAUAAUGAGGAGUUUGCCCAGCUCCGCUCUCUCUGCUACAGACACGCUGACAUCUUCCUCCUCUGCUACAGCGUCGUCCAACCUUCCUCUUUCCGCAAUGUGACGUCCAGGUGGGCGCCCGAGAUCCAGCGGCUCAGCCCAGGGGCGCUCAUCGUUCUGGUUGGCACACAGUCGGACCUCCGCGAGGACGUUCACGUCCUGAUCCAGCUAGCCCAGAGCCAGGAGCAACCAGUGACCCCAGAGGAGGCCCGUGCCUGCGCUCAACAGAUCAACGCUGUGACGCUCACUGAGUGUUCAGCUCUAACCCAGAAGAACUUGAAGGAGGUGUUUGACACGGCCAUCUUGGCAAGCAUGCAGGACAAUGAAACCCUUCAACUGAGUCCUUACUUGAGGAAUGCACCGGAUACUGUCAGGAAGAUCUCGGAGUCCUGGUGGAAGAAGUUUAGCUGCAUAGCUGAAACAAAAAUAUCACCGUAACAGCCUGCUUUGUCCAUUGGUAGCAUUCAUGAUAUUAUUUAUGGACAGGCAGUCUGCACAUGUACCUAUCCUGCUGCAAUACCUGUCCAUUGGGAGCAUUCAUGAUAUUAUUUAUGGACAGGCAGUCUGCACAUGCACCUAUCCUGCUGCAGUACCUCACAAUUUCUCACUGACAUUUAUAGACUCUGCAGUUCUUAUAUGAACCAUAGAAGAGGAUUUUGUAUUUCUAGUCUAGUUAGUUGUCUGCUUUAACAAAGCGUUUGUAUGAAUAAACUAAAACACACAGACUAGUGAUGGCUACUGAGCAGGGGACAUUGUUGAUAUUUUAGCUGCAGUCUGAUUGCGUAAGAACAUGUCGAAUGUUAAGGGACUGGUGAGUGACGGUUUAAAAUAGCUGGUCAGAACUAGAUGUGAUAUCAGCAGCCCUUCAGCGUUUUUGCAGCUUUGCAUUGAGAUCAGAUCUCACUUGCUCGGAUGAAAUCCGUUCUAAAGUUUGUUCCCCCAACAGUUGUCCAUUAACCAGAGCAAGAAAGAGAAA